AUGGAGACGAGAAGUGAAGAUGAGGAAAUAGGAACUCCUAAUUCACCUUUGUGCUAUAAUAAUCCAUCGUCAAAUAGGGAAUCUUUAAUCAAACUGCCUAAUUUGGAUCACCCAUUUCUCACAGCUGCUGAUAGAAGAAGAGAUCACACAGUACCCCAACUUCACUUCUCUACUCAUCAGAAAUCGACUCUCCAUCAUAUACACAAACAACACACAAGAGACCAUCCUGAAGCAACCCCAGAUCCUCCAAUCCAGUCGUCCAUUCCUGCCUCUCCGUCAUCUGCUGCUACUCCGACUCCGCUGGCAAUUGCUAGCACCAGCAGCAGAUUGAUCUCAAGAACGCCAUCAUUUGCAGGGGCAACAGACAACACUAUUCGUUCAUCGGUAAUCCGAUACCGAGAAUGUUUGAAGAACCACGCAGCAAGUACUGGUGGCCAUGUUCUUGAUGGCUGCGGCGAGUUCAUGCCAAAUGGAGAAGAUGGAACGACUGAGGCCAUGAAAUGUGCAGCUUGUGAAUGCCAUCGGAACUUUCACCGGAAAGAAAUGAAAGAUGAUCCACCCUUGCAGCAAGCUUUACCCACUGGUUUCUUCGUCUCCAACUCCAUCAGAAACAAUGGCCAUCGCACUGAUAGAACACCAGUUGUUCCAGUGUCCCGUCACCAUCAAUUACCAGCGGUUCCAAUUUCUUCAAUGAUGAUGGCAUUUGGAGGAAGCAAUGGAGCUCCCGAUGAGUCUUCGAGUGAGGAUCUGAACAUGUAUCACCCCUCUAAUAAUGGAGCCCGGGACCUGUUCGGUCAGCAGACACAACUAAUAAAGAAACGAUUUAGGACAAAGUUCACGCAAGGACAGAAGGACAAGAUGGAAGAAUUUGCUGAAAAAUUGGGGUGGAAAAUUCAGAAACAUGAUGAACUGGAAGUGCAGCAGUUUUGCGCUGAGGUGGGGGUAAGGAGACAAGUUUUCAAGGUUUGGAUGCACAACAACAAACAAGGCAUGAAGAAGAAACAAAUGUAAGAAUGUACAAGUUUUACUUCAAACCCAUUUCGUUAAUAAUAUAUGUAUCCAUGAUUGACUAAGUUCUAAGAACAUAGAUUUUACCCAGUAAUUAGAGUAAAGUCCUAAUUAGGCAUUGGAAGACUGAGAGAGGUAAUAUUCGGUUCUUGAAUCAAUAUAUCUCCCAUACCAAUUUGUCA